ACAUAUCUCAGAUAUCUCAUAUCUCAAAAUUUCUAAUCCUCCAUGGUCUGAGACCGUGGAAGAUGAAGCAGAGAACUUGGCCUGGCCGAUCGGACGGCUCUCGUUUCUCAUCGCUUCCGUUAUCGAAAGCCAACGGUUCAAAACAGUACCUUAAACCCCCCACCGGAAAAGCAUCGCCUCCGAGCCGCCAGAUCCUGUUCCACUCCGACGGCCAUGAUUUAUCGUCUCUCCCGUACGACGUGGUGGCGAAGAUAGCAGGGUCGUUCAGUCUCCGUAACCUUCGUGCUGCGUCGCUGGUGUGCAAGUCGUGGUGCGAGGCGUUCCGGCCGCUAAGGGAGGCCAUGCUGUUCCUGCGGUGGGGCAAGCGGUUCAAGCACGGCCACGGCGGGGUGCGCCCUAACUUGGACAAGGCUCUAGACUCGUUUCUCAAAGGCGCGGAUCGUGGCUCCUCCCUGGCCAUGGUCGAUGCUGGUCUCAUCUACUGGGAGUUGGGCCACAAGGACAAGGCCAUCGGUUUGUAUCACAGAGCUGCCUCGCUUGGCGAUCCAGCUGGACAGUGCAAUUUAGCUAUUUCUUAUUUGCAAGGCGAACCUUCGAAUCCGAAGGAGGCUGUGAAAUGGUUGUAUAAAGCUUCCCUCGCUGGCCAUGUCCGUGCUCAGUACCAACUCGCGCUUUGUCUGCAUCAAGGUCGCGUCGUAGAUUGCAAUAUACAAGAGGCUGCUAAAUGGUAUCUAAAAGCUGCGGAAAGUGGGUAUUUGCGAGCCAUGUACAAUGUCUCGCUAUGCUACUCAUUUGGGGAAGGUUUAGUGCACAGUCAUCGUCAGGCGAGAAAAUGGAUGAAGCGGGCGGCUGAUCGGGGUCACAGUAAAGCUCAAUUUGAGCAUGGACUUGCUCUCUUUUCUGAAGGGGAGAUGAUGAAAGCUGUAGUGUACCUGGAACUUGCUACCCGAGCCGGUGAAAGAGCAGCAGCGCAUGUGAAGAAUGUAAUUCUCCAACAAUUGUCAGCAACUUCACGAGAUCGAGUCAUGCAUCUUGCUGACAAUUGGCGUGCUUUGCCUUCAUCUUGCUAAGCUACAUCAUAAAGGUUAUGAAGAACAUAUGUCCCUCGCUGUUCACUAUCAUUUUCUGCGCUUGGCAUAUUUUAAGUCCAAGCACUGAUUCUAAUCGAACAUUAGGUCUUGCAUUCAGAAUUGGAUGGUUUGAAAUUCCUCAAUUGGAAGGACAAUAACUAACCCCUUAUUUUGUUUGAGUUCUUAGUGGCAUCAUUGAGGAAUCUGUUAGAUGUUCUGUAUCUUCUGAACACUCUCAAACUGUGCUGAUCAAUAUGCAAUGGUUUUUAGACAGCAAUCUGACAGAUUAAGGACCUGUUGAUUGUAAUUAGGAAUGGCUUGCAGCAAAAUAGGAUUGAGCAAAUGACCAGUGAAUUACACUAAAGGUUAUGAUGAUGGCGAUUCAGCAGGUCAUAAAUGAUUCCCUCAAUGUGACUUCUAUAGAUUCUCGAGUCUACAGCCGACUGCAGGGUUAUCAAGAUUCAAGUAUUGUAUAUAAUUCAGAAACAAAAUGAGUAAUUACUUGCCAUAUUGUCUCAAUUACUUUAUUUUUUAUUUUUAUUAUUCUCUUUCGUCCAUGACCAGUGGGUUAAAAAUUAGCAUUUUUAUUUUCACAUUGCAAUAUUGUCUCUAUAGUUGUGCCUGGUGCACAACUUUUCAUAACAGGGAAAAUAUAUUCACUAUAUAGCAACAUACACUUGUUUA